AUGGCAUCCCCGCUCCUAACGGUUCGCAAUCUCACAUCAACCCCGAUAAAUCUCAAGCACUACGAGAUACAGGACUUGAAACACACGCUAGGCGGUGGAGGGUACAUUUCAAAGAUCACCAGCGUGUGGAGUACACCUGUAAAUGCUAAGCAACCGGUCACCAAUUUGCAGGAUGUCUCAUUGCUCCUCGAGCCUUCCACAUUACGCAAAGCGGAUAUCAGACCUGCUAAUAUCCCUCAUGAAACCUUGUGCUUGUUUUUCGAGAUCGAAGGGGAAAUGUACCAGACCAACAUAAUCCAUCCGACAUGUCAUUCCCAGCUCUUGAUGCCAAUAACUACCAAUCCGCACUUCAGCCAUACCACUGUCUACCAUCCCGAAUAUCAUCACCUCGCAAUUUUUUAUCGCAGCAAUCUUCCCACUUGGAUGAAGACCCUUGAGAGUGAAACGCCGCUUUCCGCUCUUUCUAUCCCAGGCACCCAUAACUCUCCUACGUACCAUCGCGCUCUGCCAUCUGUUCGCUGCCAGGUAGCGCCAGUCCGCGAACAGUUACAACAAGGAGUGCGCUUUCUUGAUAUCCGCGUUCAGCCUGACGGUCCUCUUGACCCAAGCAAUGAUAAACUCAACCUGGUUCAUGGCGUUUUCCCCAUCUCCUUGAGUGGCCCAAAGCACUUUCGGACUAUGUUGAACGAAGUCCUUGCUUUCUUAGCCCAAAAUCCGAGCGAGACGGUCAUAAUGUCCGUCAAGCGUGAAGGUCCUGGUAACGCCACCGAUUCUCAGCUCAGUCGUAUCUUGCGAGACCACUACGCAGGAGACGUCAACCGCUGGUUCACGGCUCCUCGCGUUCCCACUCUGGGCGAAGCAAGAGGCAAGAUCGUGCUGAUUCGCCGAUUCACGCUCGAAGAGAGGCUGAAGAAUGAAUGGGGUGGGGCUGGCUGGUGCAUCAACGGCGAUACAUGGGCAGACAACACUCCGAAUUCCCUCUGCCCCAGUGGCGAUCUCUGCAUUCAAGAUUUCUAUGAGGUGCUGGAGAGCGAGAACAUCGGAAAGAAGAUUCAAUACUCCAUUGACCAUCUGAGAAGGGCAUCAGAAUGCGUCUGCCCUUCACCAGGCUCAGACGCCAAGCUGCCGUUUUACAUCAACUUUCUCACAGCAAGUAAUUUCUGGAAAGUCGGCUGCUGGCCUGAUAGGAUUGCGGCAAAGUUGAAUCCUGCGAUUGUCGAUUAUCUGUGUACGAAACACAAUGUAUCGGACGGCUCGGAGGAGAAGCCUGUUGGAGAUGGAAGUACUGGCAUUGUAGUAUGCGACUGGGUUGGACAGGAUGGAAAUUGGGAUAUUGUGAGGUGCAUCGUGGGCAUGAAUGCCAGAUUUGAAGCCAAAGGGCAACCCGUAAGGCAGGAGCAUGGUCAUGAUGAGCUUUGA